UGUUGCCAUCUAGCUGCAGCAGCACCACCAGUGUAAACAAACACAAUGGCGGAGGGUCUGGGACAGAGCCUGCACACCUACAAAGUCCAAUUAGAACAGGGCGAAUGGGACACAUACUGUGCUGCCACCUGGUGACAACCACUAGUUGUGAAAACUCCUCAUUAAGAAACUGUCUUAUAUCUUGUGUUGAGGCAGCCUUGACCUCAGACUCAACAAAUGCUGAGCUGGUCAAACUCAAGGGAGAUCUGUUGGAAGUCAUCACUCUCACAGAGAACUUAAUUGAAACACAAGGAAGUUCCUCAACAGCAGCUGCAGGUGUGACCAGUGAGGGGAGCAGCAAAGAGUCUGGAGUCGUGAGAGCAUGGAAGGUUGGAGACAAGUGCAUGGCAGUGUGGUCGGAAGAUUCACAAUGGUAUGAUGCAGUAAUUGAUGCCAUAACAGAUGAUGGCCUGGUGGCAAUUACCUUUGAUGGGUUUGGAAAUUCCGAUGUAACCAACUUGUCUGCGCUAAAGGAACGCAUCCCAAAUGAGAAGAAAGGGUUGCAUCGGCCAGGCUUUGGGGAUUCUGACAAAAAUAAGAGGAAGGUUGUAGAAGCACAACGUCAGCAAGCCAAGAAAAGGAAACAACGUAAGCAUGACAGACAAAAGCAGAUAGAAGAAGCUCAUGAAGCAGACAAGGCCAAGUGGCUGGCUUUCUCAACCAAAGUUAGAUUUACAAAGAAGCUGAAAGGUGUCACAAAGAAAUCUAUAUUUGCCACGCCUGAUGCUGCCAAUGGGAGAGUGGGCAUUGGCACGUGUGGCAUUGGAGGGAAGCCCAUGACUGAGUACACUCAUGCUGAAAAAUGGCGGAAAGGAACAUAAGAGACUAAUAUUCUCUGUCCAUAUGACAUAUAAGUAUUAGUUGCGUUUAAUUUUAUUUUCAUAUUUUUGUGAAUGAUAUUACAUUUAAAUAGAGAUCAUUAAGUUUGUUCACUUAAGAUAUUUUUAAAACUACUACCUAUUUAUCCAUUUAUAUAAAUUUGUAUCUGAACUUACAGAUUUGUAUUUUGUAUGUAUAAGGGUGUCAGGUUAAUUAGGAAGACCACUCAAGCUAUAGUUACACAGAAAGCAUUUCCUCCAACAUAGUUUUGGUGGAGAAGUCCUUGUCAAAGAAAAUUAUCCUUUGAUGAUGUUUCCAAAAAUAGUGGAAGAGAGGUGCCAUUACCAACUUCACUGUAACAAAAUUUCCUGCAACCAAGACUUCUCUGCCAGACAUGUGAAAGAAACACACCACAAAGAACUUGCAGUUUCAAGAAGGGUUUGCUCCCUGUGUAACACUGGUCUUACAGCCCCCCUGACUCAUGCAGGUACAGGUUCUGGAGAUGUGGUGGAACCUGGUUUAGGGAUACUCUUCUUUCCUUCUCCUGACAUGUAAAACUAACUAACUCUCUCUCUCUCUCUCUCUCUCUCUCUCUCUCUCUCUCUCUCUCUCUCUCUCUCUCUCUCUCUCUCUCUCUCUCUCUCUCUCUCAUUAUUUCUUUCAGCAUUUCAUGAACCUAACUCCUAUUGACAGUUGGCCAAAUAUCCUUCAUAUUUAGAGUUGUGGAUUCCUUUUAUUUUUUUUUCUAUGUUAUUGGUCAAAAGUUUGUACAUUACUUGACAUAAUGAGCAAAAAUCUCACACAGACUUACUGAAUGGCUGAAAGUUUUAUUUUAUGUUUCUAACUCCUCAUUGUAAGGGUGUACGUUCAAUAUGUACAUACUGUGAAUUCAGUUCAAUCAUAACUGAGAGAAUUUGAUACAUUAGUAAUUUUUUUCAGAGUAAUGCAUAAUUUUGUUGAAGCACUUUGUGAGAAUGGUGAUUGGUAUGGAGUGUAGCUAGUUACCAAGAACCCGUUUGAAAUCUCUGUCUGGGAUAUUUUUGUUUCCUUAAUAGGUGUGUGGUUGCUCCAGAUGUGGUUCAUGAUCGGCAUUUGCCAUCAUAGUUCUUGGUAUAUGGGAAUAUGUGGGAAGAUUUACUAAUGUAUCAAGUAUUGUACAAAUAUGUAGAUGUUUUGGUGUACUUUCUAGUAACUGCAUUUGAUCUAUUCCAGGAAUAAAAAUUGAGUUCUUA